AUGAUCGUGCUGGGCUGGAUGCUUUUUGUUGGGCUUGCGGCCUACAUGGGAACAUUUCCAGAGGCCAUGCCUCCAACUCUGAAGUGGAAAGAGAGGUGGCCUGUUCGGGAGAACAAGGUACGACGAAGGAGCCAAGCUGUGGAGGAGGAGCUGCUGUUGUGA